GUUCACGCGCCUCAUCACAUGUAACUACUGUCAUCAAUGGCAACGGCGCUCGCGCAGAAAGGACUAAUUAUUUUCCGUUUGGAGGAUAAUUAAAGCGAGUCAUCAGACUUAACGGGGCUGUGAAGAGGGGAGUCACCCAUUUUUGGCCCUUUGUCCAAUGACAAUGUUUCAGACUGUCCCUGACACUUCGUCAUACGUCAAGGAGGCGCUAUCAGUGGUGAGUGAAGACCAGUCUCUGUUCGAGCCUCCCUACGCUGCUGCCGCCCCGCUUCCUAAAACAGACAUGACAGCAUCCAGCACACAGGAUUACGGACAGCAACAUAAGAUCAAUCCCAUCCCGCCUCAGCAGGAGUGGAUCAAUCAACCCGCCCGCAUUAGCGUGAAACGUGAAUACGACCACCUCAACGGAACCAGAGAAUCCCCAGUGGACUGCAGCGUGGGGAAAUGCAAUAAGCUGGUAAGCAGCUCAGACACGUCACAGAUGGGUUACGGAGGCUACAUGGAUGAGAAGAGUGCCCCACCACCGAACAUGACCACAAACGAGAGGAGAGUCAUCGUCCCGGCAGAUCCUUCUCUGUGGUCCCCCGAUCAUGUACGGCAGUGGCUCGACUGGGCUGUAAAAGAGUAUGGCCUCCUGGAAAUCGACACGGCCAUGUUCCAAAACACGGACGGCAAGGAACUGUGUAAGAUGAGCAAAGAGGAUUUCCUGAGACUCACCACUGUCUACAAUGCCGAAGUCCUGCUCUCACAUCUUAAUUACCUCAGGGAAAGUAGCUCAUCACUAUCAUAUAAUGCACCAUCUCACACUGACCAGUCUCCUCGUCUGGCUGCCAAAGAAGACACCUCAUAUGAUGCUGUACGGAGGACAGGCUGGUCAAACAACGUGCAUAGUGGUAAAGGCUCCCCCACUGUGGUCUCACAGAAUGUAUCUAAGAGCACUGAACAAACUCGGCCUCAGCCAGAUCCAUAUCAGAUCUUAGGACCAGCAAGCAGUCGACUUGCCAACCCAGGCUCUGGCCAGAUCCAGCUGUGGCAGUUCCUCCUUGAGCUACUAUCCGACAGCGCCAACGCUGGCUGCAUCACGUGGGAAGGGACCAAUGGCGAGUUCAAGAUGACCGACCCAGACGAGGUUGCGCGGCGCUGGGGAGAGCGCAAGAGCAAGCCCAACAUGAACUAUGACAAGCUGAGCCGUGCGCUGCGCUACUACUACGAUAAAAAUAUAAUGACCAAGGUGCACGGCAAGCGAUACGCUUACAAGUUUGACUUCCAUGGCAUCGCCCAGGCCACGCAGCCUCACCCCACCGAUACUUCCAUGUACAAGUACCCGUCUGACUUGGCCUACGUGCCUUCUUAUCACACUCACCAGCAGAAGAUCAACUUCGUCUCGCCACACACACCUGCUAUGCCCGUCACUUCGUCCAAUUUUUUCAACCCUUCUAAUCCUUACUGGAGCUCCCCUACGCCAGGCAUAUACCCCAGUGCCAGUGUGCCAAGACAUCCUAACUCCCACAUGCCCUCUCAUCUGGGCAGUUACUACUAAAUCCUAUCAGUCUUCUCUAGAAGCCACGUGCCAACCCCAAGCUGCACUCUAAAGGAAGGCAAACUGAGAAAAAAAGAAGGGAAUGAAAGUGAUUUAAUUUGUAAAAUGAAGGAGAAUCAGGGCUAAAUUCAUGAAAGCAAGGAACUUCUUGAAGAACAAGAAAAAAAAAAAGAAAGGGGAAAGAAAGAACCAAAAACUGGAUGUUGUGUUGAUCCACUUUGAAAUGGAGUACUACUUAUUCACAAGACAAGUAUCUGUUUUUUUUAUUUUUGUUUGAUUUUUGUCUGUUAUUUUCAUUUUCAUACAUUUUUGGUCUCUCUUUUGUUGUAAACAGUAUGGGCCAAAGCAUCGCCUCGACACACAUGCACCUACCCAAUAUGUGUUCAAACGCUCAUAAAUUCCAUAGCUGUAAAUGCUCAUGGUGUGCAAAUGUGAACUGUUUCUAGACCCAAAAACCGGGGUAUAACUUACGCCAUGCUUGAGUUUAGACAAACAAUACAGCACAAAAAAAAAAAAUGAAUUCAAAAGAAAUGACAAAUGAAAGAAUCACUGUGACACUGUGACAUCAUUCUCUCUGCUAAUACAGAUAAAAUUAACAUUCCAAUGAUUUUUAGGUUUGUUCCUCUAUCUGUUUUGUUUAUACCAUACGCUAAAGCUUAUCCACAAAUAACAAUCGCAUAACAGGAAGGAUUUUUGGCAACAUAUAUCUAUAUAUAUUUGGCGACUGGAAAGUUCAGGUUCAGAGAUGUUUUCUCUCACUAAUCCUCCUAACUGGAAUUCUGACGCAUUGGCCCUAGCCGAGGAAAACAAGUGUAGGUUUGCACAGUGUUUCAUCCGUCAGUCACCACAAUCCCACAUGUCACAUUCCCAAACAGGUCCCUCUAGCCAGGAAUAUUUUAUUGCUUAGCCAAGGCGUCAAUCAGCACAAUCUCAAAAGUAACAUUCCUAUAAAGUCAGAAAGUCAAUAAAAGCCUGACAGUGAUUCCUAUGAAUUUCAGUGUAAUGUAGCACUCCACGGGUGAAAGAUGAUCCCCUGCCGAAGGCUCGUGUCUGGUCUUGUGAAAGCCAAUCGAAGAUUGUAAAAAGCAGUAGUUCUAACAUGCAGUAUUUAAAGCCAAACCUCGGAAUCAGCGCUGAUGUGAAAGCUGACCGUGAAGCAGACGAUAUGUUUUAAUCCGCUUAGUGUUAAUUCCGAAAGAAGCCCGAAGUGGUCUUACUUUCACCGCUGUACCUCACUGUGUUUAUAACAUUUCAUACAUUUGUAUUUGUAUCUUAUUUGCCAGUAAGAAUUCAUUCAACUAUAGCUCAUCUCACAUUGUGUUAAUCAAAUGUCAUUACCUGUUAAAUGAUGUUCCUGAAUACAGUAACUUUGUUUUAUUAAGUCAUUACCUGAAGCUACUUAAAUCACUGAACAGUUGAAUGUGGACAUUAUGCAAAGUACCUCUUUAAAGAAAAUUGAAUGAAUUAAACAAACAACACAAAAGGUUGAAACCAGUGUGAUCCUCAGAUUCGCGAAUGCUGUGCGUUCGUCAGACCUAUUUGCUAUUAUUUUUUAAUCAACGGUCAACUAGGCAUUAAAAGCAUCUUACUGUAUAAAUUAUGCAGAGUUAUUUUCAUAUGUGACAGUAUUAAAAGAGCAAGAGAAUGAAUACGAGUUGACCUCGGUCAAAUGCAAACUUUUUUAAGCCGGUGUUGAAGGUAGUAUGUACAGCAUUAGUGUUUUGUAUCUGUACAUUUGGGCAAUAAAUUUAUGAAUGUUUUUUGUUUUGUUAUGUGCUCUGUGCCUUGUGAUAAGGUAAAAGUAUUUGAUUUAUUGGUUUGUUUGUUUGUUUGUUUUUUUGUUCUUUUUUUAAUGAUACCACAGAUGCCUUGUAAAAAAAUCAUUUGCUUUACAGACCAGAGCUGUAAUACUGUAAGUGCCAAAAUAAAAGUACUUUUCUUGAGAAAGCUUCGAAUCCCAAAGUCACCGUUUAAAUGUGCCUCACAAAUAAUUGCAGGGUCAAAAACUAGACAGGUUUGAUAUUUCCAUGCUUGAAUUUUUUUUAGAUGUUUAAAUAAAUGAAUAAAUAAAUACCCAACCAAUCCAUUCUUUUUAAAUCACUAUCUAAUAUGAAGGAAUUGUGCUAUUUCAUAUAUGCAAUGUAUUUUGAAUUUUAAAUAUAUGAAUUUAUAUAAAAUAUAUAUAUAUAAUUUUGCAAUUAUUCUUUUUUUUUUUACUUUUGUUGUUCCUGCAAUGUAUUAUUACCUUUUAUAAAAGGGUCAUGUAGAUAAAUGUGAUGAAAAAUAAAUGUUUUUACAUUUUAAACUA